UGCUUUUCGGCGAGAAAAUGAAAGGCGAGUUCUUUUCCCAACCAAAUAAUAAACCCCAACGUCUCUUCUCGCUCCGUCGCUGAUUCGGGUAGCGUUUGGCUUCGUAAAUUUUGGUCUCUUGUCAAGAUCAUCUCUGGAAACAGCUUUGGAUCCUCUCGUCCAACUUGCUUCGAUCGAGUGAGGAGUCUCAGGAAGCGUGGGAAUGGCGGAGGAAGGUGCAGCAGCAGCUGCGGGGGUCGAGAUGAAACUGGAGUUCACUCCCACGUGGAUUGUGGCCGCCGUUUGCUCCCUCAUCGUCGUCAUCUCCCUCGUCGCCGAGCGCCUCCUCCAUCGCCUCGGAAAGGUUCUCAAGAGGAAAAACCAGAAGCCGCUCUUCGACGCUCUCCAGAAGGUGAAAGAAGAAUUAAUGCUUUUGGGGUUCAUUUCGCUGCUGCUGACGGUGUUCCAAGGAGUCAUUCAAGGGAUCUGCAUCCCCGAAGGGUGGAGCCUUCACAUGCUCCCCUGCAAGAAAGAAGAAAGGAUCACCAAGGCCCACUUCCAGACCGCCUUUUCUGCUGGCCAUUUUGGAGGCGUCGGUCGGCGGCUGCUCGCAGGAGGUGGUUCUGGCGCCGCCGCUCAUUGCUUGAGCAAGGGAAAAGUCCCACUCUUGUCUCUUGAGGCAAUUCAUCAAUUGCAUAUCUUUAUUUUCGUCCUCGCGGUCACUCAUGUUGCUUUUAGUGCCCUAACUAUGCUUUUAGGAGGAGCAAAGAUACGUCAGUGGAAACAGUGGGAGGAUUCAAUCCAGAAAGAAAUCACGGGAGAUGGUGCAGCUCCCAAACAGGUCACCCAUGUAAAUCAGUUUCAAUUUAUCAGAGACCGCUUCAAUGGCAUUGGUGCAGAUUCAGUGUUCACAAGUUGGUUGCAUUCUUUUGUCAAACAGUUCUAUGGAUCUGUGACUAAAUCAGAUUACACCACAAUGAGACUUGGCUUCAUCAUGACUCAUUGCCAAGGAAAUCCAAAAUUUAACUUCCACAAGUACAUGAUCCGGACACUUGAAGCUGAUUUCAAGAAAGUUGUUGGUAUAAGUUGGUAUCUGUGGGUGUUUGUCUUCAUUUUCUUGUUGCUGAAUGUCAAUGGUUGGCACACAUAUUUUUGGAUAUCAUUUAUUCCUUUGAUUCUUCUGCUUGCUGUUGGGACUAAAUUGGAGCAUAUCAUCACUCAGUUGGCUCAUGAGGUUGCUGAAAAACAUUCUGCAAUUCAAGGCGAUUUGGUGGUUAAGCCCUCAGAUGAUCACUUCUGGUUCCGCCGGCCCCGAAUUGUCCUUAACUUGAUUCACUUUAUCCUGUUUCAGAAUGCCUUUGAGAUCGCAUUUUUCUUCUGGAUAUUAACCACAUUUGGCUUUGAUUCCUGCAUCAUGGAUCAAAUUAGUUUUAUCGUCCCCAGGCUUGUGAUCGGGGUUGUGAUUCAGCUCCUCUGCAGCUACAGCACUCUGCCGCUCUAUGCUAUCGUCACCCAGAUGGGGAGUUACUUCAAGAAAGCUAUAUUUGAUGAGCAUGUGCAAGAGGGGCUAAUGGACUGGGCUCAAAAGGUAAAGAGGCGAAAGGGCAACGGGCUCGUCAGAUCGAGCCAAGGACAGGAUGAACCUUCGAGGAAGAUUGAGCUGCAGAAGCUGGUUCAGCAGACAGAAUCCGACUUGGAAGAGGGAAGAUCUGCGACCACCAGUGCAAAUGUGUCCUGAACCGUUCCCUCUCUAGCUAGCAAGUUGCCUGGAGUUACAUGCCCAGAUAUCAUACUUGUACUCUUGUAUAUUUGUCAUGACACAACAUAUGAGAGAAGUCAUAUAUAUCAUGAGUUAGAUUUCCAAGUUUGAGAAAGUUAUACAUGGGCAUCACUUUUGUGAUGGAGGUGAUGGGAGGAUGCCUCAAGUUGUUGCCCAACUCUUUUUGUCAAAGAACCAAAGAAGAUGCUUAUAAAUGCAAGUACAGGAGAUAUGCCUAUGUGAAUAUUCCAGUUGGAGCUGUUCUAUUAGUAUCA